CAAACCCACAUUAUGUUACCACUCACUCACACCAUUUUUUUUUUUUUUUGGCAACAGCUCUCUUCAGCGUUGAAUAAGUCAGAUAAUGACAGCAUUAUUUCUGGCCCUGAUAAGAAGCAAAAGACGGGAUAUGUUACUAUAACCAAAUACGAAAAUUCUCGCGAGUCAUCUCCUCUCACGCCUAGGACAGUCGAACAUGUUAGCCGUUUUGACAGUGAUGAGCUUACUAUCAAACCUGCCGGAAAACAAUCUCCUACAUUCAAGGCAGAAAUAAAGCAAGAAGAAUCAAAGUCGGAUCAGGAAAAGGCAUCUACCAUUUCUAUUUCUACCAGAAAGCUGUCUGCGGAUUCCACUGAAUCCAUAAACGUCACAUCUCCUUCACCCACCCGGGCAACCCCACCUCCUCAUAUUGCAUUUUCCUCUGCCGGUCAAGAAAAUAGUGCAAAUGAAUCAGGUGACGAGAACGUUGACAUUGACGGCGAUGUUCAAUUGGAUCCUACCAUGGUGUCAAAUCACUCACCCAUCUCUAAUCACAAAGUGAAACACAGAAAAGAGCGACCCAGUGGAAAAUUUGGCGAUGACGAUGCUGGCUUUGCGUCCUCUUUAUCUUCCGCAGACGACGAUGAUGCGUCCGAUACGGAUUCUGCAAGCUUUUCGCGAACCAAUGGUCAAGUUGAUCUGUCCAAAGCUACUCUUGCUAAAUAUCGUAUCCGCAAUACAGACGAAGAUGGAUCUUAUAAGCGAAAACCAAAAUUCCUACCACUUAACUUACCAUGUAAAAAGCUUUGGAUGCGAAAUUAUCUGAAGGAAUCAGAGAAUGCCAUGGUGGCUACCAAGAAAGCUGAAGAAGAGGCUGCUGCGCAAGCCAAGAAAGAGCCAACUCCAGAGGUGACACCGACGGACAUCAUGCCAGAGGAAGAUGACGAGCCCAUGGUUGAUAUUGUAGACGACAAGAAAGAAACACCAGCAUUGCCUUCACCACCACAUCAGGAAACGGAGGAUCCAUUACAAGAACACUCCACCACCCUAGAUGAGAACGACAUAUUUUCAGACAAUGAAAGUACAGCAUCUACGGUUCCUGCUGAUGACCUUGAUCAAUCUUUCUUGUCAACUGACCCCAUCUCCGACCAUAUGACCACCACUGAAAUACAUGUGGUAGAGAGUGAGAUGGAUACCUCGGUAAAGGAAGAAACAGUGACUGAAGAAGACGACCACUCAACAGUUCUACCAGCGCCAGUGCUGGAAUCUAGUGACAAUGUAGAAUCAGCAAAGGAAGAAGUUACAGUCGUUGUCACGGAAGAGGAGCCACUUGAUGAUACCAAUGCUUUAACCGAGGAGAUCACACAUACUACUGGUGAAGAAAUUGAACAGGCAUCCCACCUUCAAAAUGCGGCUACUGCAAUUACCGGUGAUGCCGAUCAAGAAUCCCAGCCUCAGUCACAAGGCCCAAAAGUCGUAAGGCUUUCAGUCAAGGAGUAUCUCUCGCAACGAGCAGCGGCUGCCCAUCGAGGUGACGAGCUAACGUCAGAUGAAAAAGCUUCAUCAGGCGAAGAAAGCAGUGCCGUUGCUUGAACACCUUGUUUUCCUUCAUCCUUUUACUUUGAAAUACCUAUUGCAUUCUCUUUCCAAAUCCUAAUGCUGGCACCUUUGUUAUUGCCUACUUCAUAUCCUUACUUUACACUCUACUUGUACAUGUUCCUCUCACAUCUUUUUUCUUUUGCAUUGUAUGAUAUGCAUUUUUUUUUUUUUUCGUUGAUUGGCUUGGUACCCAACCAAUCAUUUGCGCUUUUUUCCCUUUUUAAUUUUGUUUGUUUGCUCAAUUCACUGCUUUUCUCUCCUAAAAAGCACCACACAGACUUGUGAAGAACCCACAACCCAAUGUGUCUCUAACCCAUAUGUCGCACAUCCUCCCUUGUUUGUUUCUCUCCUGCAAUCUCUCUAAAAUAAAAAGUAAAUCAGAAAGUUGAAACAAAUCC